CAAGGAGCUCCUCAGCCCGCCUGCAGUCGCUGCGGAGCCCGGCAGAGUGACAGCAACCUCCCACCCCUCUGCAGAGGAACUGUUUGAGUUCAGGAGCCAUGGAAGACGAAGGGUCCCACGCAGAGCCCGGCAGCGUGUCGGUCAGUGUAUCUGGCAGCACCCACACCCUCCCACAGCUGCAGCCCGACAACACGGAGCUGCAGAUCAGCCCGUCCUCCGCCCCCUGCUCCCCGACCCCCACCGGGACCCUGAAGCGGCUCAGCCUGCGGGGGCCCCUGAGCCCCGCCGCGGCCUCCGCGCCCUCCCCGCCCGGCCAGGUGAGCGCCAUCACGGUGGUGGCGCUGCUGGACAAGCUGGUGAACAUGAUGGAGGCGGUGCAGGAGAACCAGCAGAGGAUGGAGCAGCGGCAGUCCGACUUGGAGGGCGCCGUGCGGGUGGUGCAGGGCGACGUGGUGCGCCUCUCCAAGACCCACCUGUCCACCGCAAACAGCGUCAACAAGCUGCUGGAGCGCUCCCGCAAAGUCAACGGCAACGUGAAGGAGGUGAAGGAGCGUCUGGACAGGCAGGCGGUGCAGGUGAGGAAGCUGGAGGCCAACCACAACCACCUGCUGAAGAGGAACAAUUUCAAAGUGCUCAUCUUCCAGGAAGACAAUGAGAUCCCUGCCAACGUGGUGGUCUCCCCCAAAACUCCCGUACCAAGCCAGUAUGACGCAGAGUCCACCAUCCAGCCGGCUCCGUCUAUCACAGGAUCUAUUGAAGGCAGCCGCACUCAGGAAGAGAUGCUCCAGAAGAUCAGUCUGUCCUCAGACGACGACCCCGACCUGGCGUGCGCUGCGUCCCAACGAGACGAGGGCGACUCCCUGGAGUACGAUGUCUCCCCCAUCAAAUUCGAAAGAAGGUCUGACCGGUUCAAACGCUCCAGUCUGAAGAAGGUCGACAGCCUAAAGAAGGUCUUCACACAAGCCAAGAUCGGCGAGAAGGUAAACCAGAUCACCUCCAAGAUUGUUCCUCCAGAGAAGCGCGAGAAGAUCAAGAAGAGCUUCACCCCGAGCCACUCCAAGUCUCCAACCGCCAGGGCCUCCUCCUUCAAGAUUUCCCCAAUGACCUUCAACGUAAAGAAGGUCAGAGAUGGGGAUGCGCCCGCUCAAGAAAUAAAUUCCCCUGUUGAAAAAACCCAUGUGGAUAUCCCUGCGCUGACCGGUCUGGGUGGUAAGAUUCCCUCAGGCGAGGUUCACAUCCAGGAAGGGGUGAUGAAGGAGGUGGUGGAGACCCUGAGUCCGACCACGACGGAAACCAUCCAGGCAGAGGUGUCCGUCAACGGGAAGUCCUCCAGCGUUGAGGCGGAGAUCAACGGCGAGGGUCUGGCUGGCCUGGCGGUUCCGGAGCACGACGAAGAUGUUGGUGAGGAUGAGGAGGAGGAAGAGGAGGAUCAAGAGAAGCAGAAAAGCCCCGUUGAGGUGGCGGCUGAAGUCCAGAUUACAGAAACGAUCGCCGUGGAGCAAGUGUCUUAAUGCCAAUCGGCUGAAAGCAUCAAGUCCGAUUCUUCUUCUAUUCGUCUUUGAGUUCCUAGGAUUACAGAAGAUCCAAACGUCGCUCCUGGCUGUCGGGUCGGGAUCCACCGUAACUCACGGCCACAUCACCAACAUCUCCAGGGCGCUGGAGCAACCGUCUUCCUCCUGCAGGAGGUUCCUUGCUGAAAAACGGCCUCUUUUGUUCCCUGGAAAGUGAAAAAGAAAAACAGAACCUGCUGAGGCAGCGCGUUGCCAGGUUGUGCCGGAGCUGGAAUGAGAUGGGUUGUUUUUUUUCCUUUUCUUCCUCUUUGUAGGCUUGUUGAGGUUGUUUACUGGAUUUCCAGAUCCUACCCAACCGGUGAAUCUGGUCGUCCACCGUCUUCUGUUACAACCGAGCAAUUGUAAAUCUGUUUUCCUCUUAUUUUCUGAUCUUAUAACUGAUUUAGAACACCAUGUUGUAGUAAUAGUAUAUUAAUACUAUCAAAACAAGAACAACUGUAAAUUAUUCCUAUAUGAUGGGUGUGGGGAAUACCUAAAAACUAUUAAAAACAUUAAAAAUGUAUAUAAAGGGAGAGAAUUGCUAAAGUUUGGUGGCAGUAACCUGGGAUUUAAUUUGACUACACUAAAGUCACAGUUCUAUUUGUUUUAGGAUUUUAGGGGAAGAAAGUUAUGGAAAAUGUUUCUUUACACGUCUUUUAAACAGAAAAUAACUUCCUUUCACAAAAUUAUAGAAGGGUUUUGAUUAAAUACCUUUCUAUAGUAACAUAUUACUGAUGGUAAUAUGUCCAUCAAAAUAGAUACAUUUAACAUUUAUUUAUAUAAAAACUGUAAAAACCCAGCAAAACUUCGGACUUAAUGUAAUGCAAAUUAAAACAACACUUGGAGAACUAACAUUACACAAAAGCUUGGUGGCUUAAUUAAAGGAGAACUAUUUUGAAAAAUCCAAAUUUUGCAUGUUUUUAUUCUUCCGUUUGGGUUUCUACUGAUUCUAAAACAAUCCAACCCAGAAAACACCGAGA